GAGGAAGUGUUCCUGGAGCAGCGGCGGCGGAGAGCCCCCCUGCAGCUCUCGGUCCAGAAACAGGAUCUUCCCAUCGAGCAGGAUGCCUGUGAGGAGAGGACGGACCUGUGCGAGGACGACCAGGAGCUCCCGCACAUCAAAGAAGAACAGGAGGUGGAACCACUGACAGCUCAGGCUUGUGAAAAGCAGGAGGACACUGACACCAAAGACUCCAUGUUUAACAUCAUUUAUGUGCAGAGAAGUGAUGAGGAAGGACGACAUUCACCACGUCAAAGCCAAACAGGUGAAGAUAAAGAGGGAGACCUUUUGCCUGGCAGCUCAUCUCAACCCGGUGGAGAAGGUGCAUCGGAGCCGACCAGCGACUGUCAGAUGAGUGAAGGAAGUGAUGAGGACUGGAGAGACGGUGGAGAGCCUCACUCUGACGUGAACAGGAACAAACCACAGAGAGCUGGUGAGGCAGUGGACAGGCCGUACACCUGCAGCGUUUGUAACAAGAACUUCAGGAUUAAAUCCAUCCUGACUCGCCACAUGAAGACGCACACGGGGGAGAAGCCCUACAGCUGCGGCGUUUGUGGCAAAAGCUUCAUCCAGCGCUCCUAUCUGCAGACUCACAUGAACUCCCACUCCGGACAGAAGCCGUACAGGUGCAGUUUUUGUGGCAGAGGGUUCACGCAGGUGGGAAACAUGAACGCCCACAUACGAAUCCACACGGGAGAGAAACCUCACAGCUGCACUGACUGCGGCAAAAGCUUCAGAGAGAAAGCGGACCUCAUCAAGCACACAAUAAUCCACACUGGUGAGAAGACGUAUAGCUGCACCGUUUGUAAUAUGAAAUUCAGCGCCCAGUCGAACCUCACGCGCCACAUGAAGACGCACUCGGGGGACAGACCUUACAGUUGCACUGCUUGUGGAAAAAAAUUCAUCCGGCGCUCUCAUUUGAUCAUUCAUAUGAAGACUCACACCGGAGAGAGUCUGUAGAUUUAAGAAACUGUUUUCUGCACAUUUGACUGAUAAUUUCUUCGAUAGAGUGGAUGAGGACACACGCUAGAUGAAUUGAUCUUGUACCGGACAUUUUUAUCUCCUCCAUAAUAAUUAGUUUGUCCGUGAUGCCUUUUCUAGUGAUCCUGUGUGAUACAAUUUAAUUGCUGUCAACAAAUCCCACAAGAAGAGCAACACAAAGUGUUUAGCAGCUCUCAGCCUUUGACCAAUUAAGUCCCACUGAACAUAUAAAUCAUAAAGAU